AACCGAUAACGGGCCAUGAAGAAUACCACAUGUUGGCUUUGCAGCUUGGCCCAACUGAACAAAGCAGGUAUUGGAUAUAUUGGGUACCAGCUCAGUAUGUAAGAGCAAUAAAAACUAUUAUUUUGGGACCGUGGCAAAAAUUCUGACCCAAGUUUUGUUGUGGUGUAGACUUUAUACCAUUGUGGUCAUAUAAGAGGCGUUUUAAGUUGCCAGUUCAACUUUUCUCAAGAGUUCAAUCUUCAGAGCUGUGAUGCCAGACAGUGUCUUUUCAAUAUUUUGUGGUAUGCUAACACACAGUCACAAUGAAAACUUGGCUGAUAACAGUUCCGUCCUUAUUGUUUUGGGAAUUUCAUCUCUGUUACACUGCAGGCACAGACAAUAUUAAAAGAACAUAUGAUAAAUUUGAUUCUUUCCUUGUAUUUCGUGUCGAAGUGCAACGCUUUGAACUGUUUGAUUUCUAUUUAUUGUUUUGAUUGGUUUAAAGUCUAAAAUUUUCGAGUAUUAAGUUGUGUUUACAUUAACCGAUUUUAGUGCAGUGUCAAUUUGUUUAAAUUAUAAAAUGUCACAAGACGUCCAAAAAAUAUUGGACAAAUUUAAUCAGAAGAUGCUAUAUGCCGUUUUUGUUAAUGAAAAGUAGUAAAGUACGUUUUGACAUCUUAGAUAAGGGUACGUUAGAUUUCUACCGGAGACCUGAUUUCUAUUUGGAACUGGAAUCCGUAGUGACAUCUAGCGGUCGAACUUUUUCAAGAAAGUUCCGUGGCCGUGCAGCAGUCGGUCCUGCCAGAGAUUCGCAUGGAGUGCACAAUGUUCAUCUCUCCUUGAACACCUCAGCUGUUCCAACAGAAAGAACUGCGAGACACGUCACACCAGAUCGCCUGACUCGUGAUCAAGCUACAACUUUUCGUCCUUCAGAUUUACCCAUAGGCCAACAAAGCUCAUCAGCUAGAAGAUCUUCAGCUCACAGUGAUGUAGGGUCAGCACACAGCUUGGCUUCUGGCCCUUUAAAAACUAUCGGGUUCGGCCCACCAGCUCUGCUUCAUACAAUGAGUGAAACACGGAUGUUGGGAAAUCGUAGAAAUUUGGUCAGUCCUUCUAAAGUAUAUGCUGCAGAAUUUACUCAAUUACAAACUGGUGAUCACUUUAGGAGAAACAACAGCGGAAAUAAUGCUCAAAGUGAAAGCUUUUAUCAGGAGCAGGGUGGUCCAAGCAUUUCAAAGGUGCCAGGAAACAACACAGCUCGGUUGGGUAAUCAAAGUCAGCAGCAGAAAAGUGGAUCCUACUUACCUGGUGAUCGUGUUAUAUUUGCUGAGUCACCUUCCGCACCUGGAAUUCCGAUUGUUUAUCGAACUUCUGAGGAGAGAGCAGCCAACCCAGAUCGACUUAAUUUAGACAGACGAAGAUUAACAGUCUGUCCGAUCCUGGAGGGGGAGGAGCAUCUUCGACUCCUUAACUUCCAACACAACCUAAUCACGAGGAUCCAACAUCUUUCCAACCUCCGAAGACUCAUCUUCCUUGAUCUCUAUGACAACCAGAUAGAGGAGAUGACGGGAUUAUCUUCACUUAAAUCUCUCCGUGUUCUCAUGUUGGGAAAGAACAGGAUUCGACAAAUCAGCAGCCUUGAUAACCUGGUGAAGCUUGAUGUGUUAGACCUUCAUGGCAACCAAAUACAAACUGUUGAAAACUUGAGUCAUUUAUCCGAACUACGAGUUCUAAACCUCGCUGGUAAUCAAAUUGAGCAUGUGAGCAACCUUUCUGGUAUGGACACAUUAGCAGAGUUAAACUUAAGAAGAAAUAUAAUCGCUUCUGUGUCGGAGGUCGACCUGCUUACAUCACUACAGAGAUUAUUUUUAAGCUUUAAUAACAUUUCAAGGUGGGGUGAUAUUGAGUGUCUUAGUGAUGCAAGUGCAUUAUGUGAGAUAUCCUUGGAUGGGAACCCCAUCUCAAGUGACGUCUGCUACAAACAAAUUGUCCUACGAAGCAUGCCACAGCUGCGACAACUAGACAUGAAAAGAAUUUCAGAGGAUGAGCGAAGAAUGACAGCAGUUUUGAUCAGGAAAGAAGAAGAUAGAAAACGUGAAGUUCACAAACAGGUGAUUGCGAAAGAGAAGAAAAGGUUAGCAAUCAACAACGCAGCUCGCCAGUGGGAAGCUGAGCAUGGUGGUCGUCCUAUUCCUCCCAGGUGGAGGGAAGAUCAGAACCUCCACUUCCGAGAGGAUCGCGGAAUCUUCUCGCAAGUUGCUCCGAGUUCGGGAGAGAGCUCUCCUCUUACGGGGAGAAGUGAGAGCACGGAUAAAUCAGCGUGGCUCAGUGCAGGAAACUCCAACCGAAGUGUCAACAACAACAAUAAUAACAACAGAUUACCCAACAUCACGUCACUGGAUAUAUCCGAGAGCUACCUCGCUGAAAUUGACGGUGAAAAUCUUCAGUUGUUUGGUCCAGGGGCAUUGGAUUCUUUGGACAAAAAUUGGGGCAACCAAGCAUCCAGUGCAGUCACCACAAUAACAAUACAGUUUAUUAAUUUCGACGACCUUUGCAACUAUAUUAUUAAGAUUAAGAACAAGUUUAUCAACGCAGUGCAUUUGAUACUGAAAGAAGUAAACCUGCACAGCUUGCAGCAGCUGAACGCUCUCUCACAAAUGAAACGUCUUGAAACACUUUCAGUAGAAUGUGGACCCGGCAACCCUGUCACACAAUUCUCACUCUGGAAAUCUUACGUCAUUUUUCGAUUGUCGCAUCUAUCUCUUGCUAAACUUAACGGGGAGGAGGUGUCGGCCGCAGAUGUUGUUGCUUCAGAAAAGAUUUUCGGUUCCUUAUCACUGGUGACCACGUCUCAAUUAUCCCAGUUUCGAUUAGUUGCUUUGCUUGGAGAAACACGGCAGAAGCAACUUACAUCUAGCAAGGAAUCAAAGAAAUCUAAGGGCGAAGCAGAAAGCAGGUUAGCUGCUGUUGAAUCUGUUGGUAGAGCCGGUUUGCAAUACAUACCACAAAAGCAAAUGGAAGUUAAAGCAAUUGAUACUAAAUGCCGUGCAGAAGUGGCACGUGACAUUGUACGCACCUUGAAAAAAGACGUUGGUGUAAUAGCUUCCAAACAGUCUAUGCUGACUAAACUGUGGCCAGAAAUAUUUGUCGACCUUAUAAAAGAAGCGGUGCUUGAUAUGUACAGUAUGGAAGAAUAUGUAAAACGUGAAGUGAAGGCUUUUGAAGCAAUCCUGUAAACUUUUCUUCGCUUUCUUAAUACCACUGUUUUUUCUAAUACCCUAUUCAUUUUCGUUGCCUUAGACUUAGACACUGUUCCACAACUUGCACAUUGUGAACGAUUUUUUUUCUUUCUUGUAAUAAAUUAAAUUA